AUGGAUGGUAAAAAAGACGAGGCUUUGAAAUGCUUGAAGAUCGCCCAAAACGCAAUCGAAUCAGGUGAUCGAACCCGAGCUUUGAAAUUCGUCAACAAAGCUCGUGGGCUCGAUCCAUCUCUAUCGGUUGAUGAACUUUUAUCUAAAGUCGAAGCUCAAUCACAGUCCAAUGCACCCACCAAUGAAAUUCCAUCGAAAAUCUCUGAUGAUGGGCCUCGCCGUAGGGUUUCAACAACUGGGUCUUCGGCAUCGGCUUCAUCGACCGCUUCGGUGUCUUAUACCGAAGAGCAGAUCUCAAUUGUGAGAGAGAUUGAGAGGAAAAAGAUUAUUACGAGAUAUUAG